UUAUUCUUUAGCGGCACCGGCCAGGAAACCGUGCUGGGCAAAGUUUUCCGCCCUCUUUGUUGUCUUUAUUACUGUACCCACACGGUUGUUUUCAUAAACCACCAUGAGGCGUGCAAGAAGCUCGAGAAACAAAAGUCAGAAUGCACAAGAAAAUGAAGAAUUCCAGUCAAAAACAGUGUGGCAGUGGGAAGGAGAUGAAGGACAGUGGGAACCAUACUCUCCUUCAGUCUGCGUCUUAUUGGACUCAGCUGUCUCUUCAGGGAAAACCUCUCUCGCUCUGGCUCUGGGCUCUGGGACGGCCUACGAAGUCGACCUGAAGAAGAUGGUCCAGAUUAAUCCUGUCACCAAGUACAAGAGGAAGAUUCGCUCUCAGACGGUAAAACCAGAAAGUUUGGCUGAAGCUGGUGAUGUGAAUGCUCAAAAUGGGAGGACAUCUGAAGUUAAAGAGGAAGAGGAGGAGACAGAAAAGCAACCUGCAGCUAAGAGGAGAAAAGGGCAAAGCAAAAAGCAGAGUCAGACAAAAACUGAAGAAAUGCCCAAAGAAGUAAAAAGCGAAGAGGUCGUGAGGACGGUGGUCAUGAAAGGAAAAGCUCCAGUGGACCCUGAAUGCAAAGCCAAACUCGGAAAGGCUCAUGUUUACAGUGAAGGAAAUGAUGUUUACGACGUGAUGCUAAAUCAGACAAAUCUUCAGUUUAACAACAACAAAUACUACCUGAUCCAGCUGUUGGAGGACGACACCUCCAAGGUUUACAGUGUGUGGUUAAGAUGGGGCAGAGUUGGAAAAGUGGGUCAAAACAGUCUGACAGCCUGUGGAGGAGACUUGCUGAAAGCCAAAGAUUUCUUCAAGAAAAAGUUCUUUGAUAAGACCAAGAAUGAGUGGGAACACCGAGCGACUUUUGAGAAAGUAGCAGGGAAAUACGACAUGGUGUUCAUGGACUACAGCACGAAUGAAAAGAAGGAGAACCAGACCACAGUGGAUGCUGUUCCCAAAAAGAGGAUCUCCAAGCUGGAUGUGAAGAUCCAGUCGCUCCUGGAGCUAAUCUGUGACCUCAAAGCCAUGGAGGAGUGUGUGCUGGAGAUGAAGUUUGACACCCGGAAAGCCCCUCUAGGCAAGCUGACCUCAGAGCAGAUCCGUGCAGGCUACACGGCGCUGAAGAAAAUCGAGACAUGUUUGAAGAAGAAGGGCAGCAGUCGGGAGCUGCUUGAAGCAUGCAACCAGUUCUACACCCGCAUCCCUCAUGACUUUGGGUUGAAAACUCCUCCAAUCAUUCGUACAGAAGAUGAGCUGAAGGAAAAGAUUGCAUUGUUGGAGGCUCUAAGUGACAUUCAGAUAGCAGUGAAAAUGGUUCAGUCCAGUGAAGACAGUGACGAACAUCCUCUGGACAGACAGUACAGCUCCCUCCAGUGCAAACUGGAGCCUCUGGACUCCAGCUGCCAUGAGUACAAGGUGAUAGAAAAGUAUCUACAAUCCACUCACGCCCCUACCCACUGUGACUACACCAUGACUGUGCUUGACAUCUUCUCAGUGGACAGAGAGGUGGAGAGGAACAACUUCCUCUCACAGUUACACAACAGGACUCUGUUGUGGCACGGUUCCCGUCUGUCUAACUGGGUCGGCAUCCUCAGUCAAGGGCUCCGAGUGGCCCCACCAGAAGCUCCUGUCACCGGUUACAUGUUUGGAAAAGGCCUCUACUUUGCUGACAUGUCGUCAAAGAGUGCGAACUACUGCUUUGCUAAUCAGCACAACCAAGUUGGACUGCUGCUACUGAGUGAGGUCGCUCUGGGAGACUGUAACGAGCUGCUGGAUGCCGACUACGAAGCCAGCAAUCUGCCUGCUGGAAAACACAGCACAAAGGGCCUGGGACAGACUGGACCUGACCCCAAAAACUCAGUCACUCUGGACGGUGUGACCGUGCCAAUGGGGCCGGGGGUGAAGACUGGGGUGGGUAAACACAACGCUUACUCCCUCCUGUACAAUGAGUUCAUCGUUUACAACCCUGCCCAGACUCGCAUGAGGUACCUGCUGCGGGUCAAAUUCAACUACUCUUCAUUGUGGUGAGGCUGUGAAAAACGGUAUGGUAUGAUUUUGGGGGAAAUGCUGUCCACAAAGCAGCGAUGAUACAGCACUCACGUCAUUCUUUGUGUACAGUUACACUAUUCAGUGCUUUAAUAUGGGUAGAAGAUGAAAAUGAAUACAUGUGAGACAGUAUGAAGAAAAUAAGCUGAACAUUUUGCACUACUUGUUCUAUCGUGUAUCAUGUUUGUGUAAGCUGUAUUGUAUCACAUGUUACGUAUGGCAACAUUCAUUGCAUGUGCUGUAUGAAACACAAAUGGCCUUUUGGAUCGACAGGAUUAUCUGUGUCUGACUGUAAUGACAUAACAAAAUGAUUUGGAAGUUCUUUAGGCAGGUUUGACAUGAACCUUUAUACUGAAUCAAAAAACUAGAAUGCCUUAAGUUGUUAUGGUAAUUGUUGGGUUAAUGUUUUUAUAUAGGUAACAUGUAAUGCACAACAACAAAUACAAUACAACACAUUUUUAAUAUCAAUUUUUAUUCAUGUAAAACUGAGACAAAGACAAGAUUCUGUAAAAACAUUGAAAGUCAUUAAUUCAUUGUCACUUAGAACAGGAUGCAGUUACAGUAUAUAAAUUAAAAUGAUGAUAAUAAUAAAGGAACUUUUUCAUUGUGGGUACAGUUUGGA